AAGGACAAUUUUUCUUAGCCUCUCCGAACUUUCUUGGAAAAAAAGGAAAUAGAUUUGGGAAGAAUCGCAGAUACUGUUACUCUUCAUUGAACUUGCAAGUUGCCAAUUGCCUCUGACCUCUCUCUCUCUCUCAUCGCAUUCAUACGCAGAAAGAAAGAGGAUCAUCGAAUCGUGUUUGGCUGAUUAUGACGAGCGCUUCGGAGUUAUUCCACAUCAGGAGGCAUCGAUUAGGACGAAAUGCUCUCGAUCUAGGGUUGCACUCCUCCCCCGCUCCCGAACUCCACGCCGGCGACUCUCUUCCCCGCCACUACCUCUUGCGUCGCCUCCGUCACCACCAGGAGCGUGCGUCUGAUAGAAUUGAUGUUAGGUAUCGACGGUCGUUCUUAAAUAAUGACAGUGUGGAUUCAGUAGAAAGCGUAAGAGGCACACUUGGAGUGAAUGCCGAUGACAGAUUACCCGUAGGUGUGGUUCUUGCACGGGCAAGACUCCUUCAGAGGUUGAGAGGGGAACCUAUCUCUAGAAACAGGCAUUAUGGUAGAGAUUCAAUGGGCGAGGAUCGAGAAAGCGAAUCGUCAAAUGAAGCUCCAACCGAGGACUCUCUAGUUACCGACUUGGCUUCUCAAAUGGGAAGGUCCCAGCUGUUGCAAGAACUAAACAAAAAGCCACCUGGACUUACUCAGGAGGCAUUGAAAUGUUUGCAUCAGGAAGUUUUUAGCAGCAUGGAGAUAGAAUUGGAGUCCGGGGUAUUGCAUGAUUGUAGUAUAUGCUUGGAAUCUUUCAUAGAUGGAGAUGAGCUGAUACGUUUGGCUUGUGGGCAUAAAUUUCACUCUGCAUGUUUGGAUCCCUGGGUUCGCUGUUGUGGAGACUGUCCAUACUGUCGAAGAUGUAUAGUUGUAAAUAGUAACUUACCCCAAAACGACGAUGAAUAGUUUCUAGAUUGAUUUUCUUUUAUUCUGUGGUUGUAUGGAAGGAUGUGAAUCAUGUAAUGGAGCUGGCUUUUUGUAAUCUAGUGUUUUAUCUUAAACUUAACGUAGUUUUUCUCCUUGCUGUCAGUUUCACAUCCCUAUUUGUAAUUACUAAUUAGGCAUAGUUAGAAUAGUAUAGUAUAGUAUUUGUCUUCGUAUCUGUAUCUUUUUUAAAGGAAUGCAUUCAGAUUUGAACUCACAUCCGCAUGUACAGUAACUUUAAUAAUUGUACUGUUACUUUGUAGCUACCUAUAUAUCUUAAUUCAAAUUCCUCACUCACACUUUAGUUUAACU